CUGGCCAAGUCACAAUAGUAAAUAUAAUUAGCCGGAUCAACAAAAACAUCAGAUAACUUAAAGAUUUUUUAAUAAAUGGAAGGCCGUUAGCCAAUAUAGGAGGACAUGAAAAACUUGUGAUAGUCCACCUAGGAGUAGUUAGAUAACGUAGGGUCUAGCUGGAAAGCGAGAUGUUUUAUAUCUGCAAGCGAACGUUAGCUGACUAAGACAUCCUUUGCAACAAGUUAAAGUAGCUUAGUACAGCUAUCGUUAGCUAGCUUGCCAGUUUUUCCCCUGUUUAGUUCAGCCUAGUUGGAUAGUUGUUGAGAGGUGCAAUGGCAACGGUACUACGGCGUGCAAAGCGGACCAGUUGUGUAUGUUUAAUGAUAUUUACGUUAAUGUCAAUCCUUUUAAUUGUAUUGGGACACAGUUACGGGCUCCUCGGGAUUCCAAGCGCUUUGUCCAGCCUCGUCGGAGUUUUGUCUCUGGGUGGCAUGGCGCUUCUGUGGAGAGACAUCAGCUGGAGGGUGAAAGGAGAAAAUAGGACAGUGAGCAGCCUCCUCAGCCAAUAUUUGGCCGUUAAGGUGGUGGGAUGGUUGGGCAAGCGGCAAAGGGAGCGACUUGAGAAAGAUACGCGUGACAUACGGAAGGUGCAGGAGGAGACCCUACUUUUGCGCUUGCGCAAAAAUGCAAACACACAUUAUGGGCGCCUGUACGAUUUCAGCUCGAUCAAAGAAUGUGAGGUAUUUCGCCAGCGGCACCCAGUCACAGAGUAUGAGCACUACCGUGACUUGGUGAAGCGUGUGGCUGCAGGGGAGGAGGGUGUGUUGAUUGCGGAGAGACCUCUCAUCCUAGCCAUGACAUCCGGCACGUCUGGAGCCAGCAGCAUGCUGCUCAGCACCAGGGACACCAACACUGAGUUCUUCUUGCAGGGUGUUUCCGUGUGUCUGGACGCCAUGAGGAGGGCAUUCCCCGCCAGCGAGAGCCUGCAGCGCACCACCAAGUUCUUCUACACGCCCACCUUCCGCCAGUCAGAAGCAGGCAUCCCCAUCGGGCCCAACUCCUCCACCCCUGCCUCCUCUCGCCACAUGCUUAACCUGUACACCACCCCAGCGCCUGCCUUUCAGGUGGCCAGUGAGAGUGAUACCCUCUACCUGCACCUGCUCUUCGCCCUUAAAGAUGGCAGCGUGGGCAUCCUGGAGUCCAACUUUGCCUCCACUGUUUUUUAUGCCUUCAGUGCCUUGCAGGAGCGGUGGCAGGAGCUGGUGGAUGAUGUGGAGCUGGGCCGAGUUAGCCCCCAGCUGGCUAUUGAAGAUGGGGUGCGGCACAGCCUUGAUCGUCUGCUCAAGCCUGACCCAGUGCGAGCUGCAAAGCUGCGGGGCGAGUUCGAACAGGGCUUCAGAGGCAUUGCUCUUAGGCUGUGGCCCCAGCUAAACCUGGUGCUUGCCGUAGAUUCCGGCUCCAACCAGAUUUAUGGAGAGUUGCUGAGGCACCACUACUGUCAGGGAGUCCCCUUCUACUCCCCAUUCUACGCUGCCACGGAAGGCUUGAUUGGGGUGAACCUGUGGCCAGAGAAAGAGCAGCGCCAGUACUUGCUAUGUCCACGCUCCAUGUUCUGCGAGUUCUUGCCCGAGGACAGUUUGGACGAGGAGCAGCCGCCCACCCUGCUGAUGGACCAGGUCCAGGAGGGGCAACGCUAUGAGCUGGUGGUCACCAAUGCGUCUGGCCUCUUCAGAUACCGCAUAGGAGAUGUGAUCAAGGUGGUUGGAUUCCACAAUCAGUGUCCAGUGGUGGAAUUCCAAUACAGGCGGGGUCAGAUGCUAAAUGUUCGAGGGGAGAAAAUGUCAGAGGCAAUGUUUCUGGGAGCCCUGAAGCGAGCCGUCAGUCAGUGGCCAGGGGCAGAGCUAGUGGACUAUUGCUGUGCGGAGAGUGGCAUUUUGGGUGAAUCCUCCGGAGGCUCUGACCCCCAUUAUCAAGUCUUCCUGGAACUGAAGGGGGUGAGAAACCUGACAGAGGAGCAGCGCUACAAGCUGGACCAUUGUCUCCAAGAAGACUCGGCCGUCUAUAAAUCUUUCAGGUUCAAAGGCAGCAUUGGGCCAAUGAGGGUGCAGCUUGUGGGGGGUGGGGCUUUCCAGGAGCUCCGCGACCACAUGAUGGCCUUCUCAAACACCUCCCCCAACACCUUCAAAAUGCACCGCGUGCUGCGCAGGAAGGAGUACGCAGACUUCCUGCAGGGGAAGAUCAUCUCCUAAAUGCUCUCUGAAGUGCUUUGUGGGAACUGGCCCCAGCUGGACCCUUGCCUCGUAAGCUUGGCAGUGACAAGAGCAACUCCGAACCUGACUGCAGGGUCCAUGCCAAGCCUCCGCAGGAGACCUCCUUUGAAGCUACCCGCUGUCUGUAAUCAAAUUGUUAUCAUUGCCUUUUUAUUUAUACUGUGUGUGUUUUCAGGAUGCAGAUUUGUCUGUUUAAAACCAGCAACGUGGAUGAAACCUGCAGCCUCUUCCUCACAUUACUGUCAUUUACAUCAUCAUUCUGCAUUACCGGAAAUUAAGUGGUCAGCUCUUUUGAAGCGGUCAUUAUAGGGACAAUAACUUUGAACCUUGAACUUGCACAACAUAAAGACGACUAUACAUGAAAAAUAAUUGUAUGGUUAAAUAUCUAGGGCAGUGGUGACCACCAAUUCCCAUUGUAUAUCCAGGAGUCACCCAGGAAUCCUUAAAGCCUUAUGGGUGUAUUGAAAGUGGAUGGACAGCAUCAAGCUUCAGUAUUGGCAGUAAAACCAAUUGCUGUCUGAAAAUGAGCUGAGUAUGUCAGGGAGACACAGGAGUCUCCCCAGUCACAGAGCAAUAGACCGAAGUUGCAUCGGAUCCCUGUGGGUGGCUUUGGGCCAUGCUCAAGGACCACAGGGACUAAGAGAGUUUUUCAAUACGUUGCACUGCUGAAUUAGGAUGCGGACAGAGCACUAUAGUCCUAACUAGGAGAUCUGCUUAAGAUAAACAGAUUAUGAUAACCACAUUCCAUUACCUGUUUCCAGGGUCCGUUGCUUUCAAUACCUGAACUUGAGUUUUCCUGUCUUGCAUUCAUUAUUUUGCCAAGCCUCGCUUUGUGAUGAAUGUUUGAGUCACAGCCAUCAUUCAACUUUAUG